UUUUUUAUUGUGCGUUAAGCAGUGUGUGAAAUUUAUAAUUAAGUAAAAUAUGCAAAAGCCUAAAAAAGCAAUUUAUCACCAUUUUGGAAUUGACAUUGAAAGUAAUUUGCAUUGGCAAAGUUGGGAACUUGGCAGGGAGUACUCUGAAAUAAUAACAUUGAAAAAUGUAGAUUCAAGAACAAAAAAAGUUAAAUACAGAAUUGUAAAUGGCAAAUAUUUUGCUUCAAAAUAUCCUCAAUCAAUAGUUUUAAAUAUUGGUUCUAAAGUAAAUAUACCAAUUGUGUUUAGGCCAUUAGAAAAGAAUAUGUUUGAAGAUUCUAUUGAGUUCAUAACAAAGGAUGGAUCUUUUCACAUUCCUAUAACAGCAGUACCAGCAGAAAUACAACUAAGCACUCCAGAGACUAUCAAUUUUGGAAUGUGUGCAGUUCAAGAUAGUGUGACCAUCUCUUUUGAAAUAGCAAAUAUUUGUGAUUUCUAUGUUUCUUUUCAACUGCAAUCAGAUCUACCUUUCGUUUUGCAGCCAGUAAGUGGAAAUCUUGCUCCAAGAACCCAAUGCAAAAUUAAUGCAACUUUUCAACCAGAAGGGGCAUUUGUUUAUGAGACAACUGUUACUUGUAACUAUGGAAACAACAGCAGUAAAACAAAUACGAAGAUAAUUACACUUGAAGGGAUAGGUAAAUUUCCGUAUCUCAGCCUAAAAUAUGAAAAUAUCACUGGUAAUGAAAUAACAGUGGAUUUUGGUGAAGUUGUUCUUGGCGAAACAUUACACAAAAUUGUUGAAAUCAAAAACUGUACCCCAGUUAAUGUUCCGUUUCAAAUCAUUCAGAAAUCUCUUGGUCUGUUGGUUGAAAAUGCUUUUCAGUGUUCACAGUAUCAUGGAGUUAUUCCUGCUGAAUAUACUCACAAAAUUAGGGUGUCUUUUAAACCAGAAAACUUCAAUUUGGUGUAUGCUGAUAACUUUGAAGUUUUGCCAGUUGCAUUGAUAAAUAAAUUGUAUAUAAAAUGUAUUGGGCGAGGAAAAUCCCCAAAUGUUAGUGCUAAUGUCAAGUCAGUGAAUUUUGGAGUUACAGCAAUCGGGGUCGAGGUUGUUCGAUCAUUUAAACUUAUAAAUGGCUCAUGUUCCCCAGUAUUGUAUCAGAUAAAGGUUGAUCCUCAAUAUAGCAAAUUUCUUUUAAAUGAAACUUGUGGAAAAAUUGAGGCUAACUCAUCAAAGAAAAUCAUUGUAAAGUUUAUUCCAACACAAGCCAUUCCUUACUAUAAAAAACUUUUUUGUCUUAUCCUCAACCAGGAACCUUUGACAGUUGAACUGUUUGGAACCUGUGUGUCCAAAGAUAUUAAACCAGCUGUUCUCACACAGAAGCAUAUUGAUAACAACAGUAUUUACAUGUUAAGAGGAAUAUCUCGUCUUGCCCCUGAGAGUCUUUCAAUGUUGAUAGAAGAAAAAAAAAUUGUUUUUGAUGAAAAUGGUUUAUUACAAGUUAAUGACAUGGAAGUUGAUAGCAAUCUGACAAAAAAUAAAAGUGUUUCAUCAUUUGAUGAGUUUUUUAAUGAUGGUUCUAGUGAUAGUAUGUGUACUGUUGUUCCACAUAUUUCUCUUGAUACUUCAAGUGUUCACUUUGGAGUUUGCAAAGAGAAUUUACUUUUCCAUAAGUCAGUAUGUGUUAGGAAUCAUACUCAUGGUAAAGUGAUAUGUGUUUGGAUGAAUGAUGAAAGGAAUCAUUUUUUUGUAUCUCCAGCUGAAAAUGAAAUUGCCCCAAUGAGUAGUUCAUCAUUUAAAAUAACUUUCAAACCUGAUGUCCCAAAUAAAAUGUUUAGUGCUGAGCUUGAAGCUUUUGUAUUCUAUAAGAGUAUGAGAGAUCAAAGUCUAGUAAAUGACUGUACAAUUACAGUACCUUGGUGUCUUACAGUUGUAAUCACUGGACAUACCUUUGGAAGAAAUAGUGAGUUUUAUCUGCCUGUAUGCAAUUGGUCUUCUAAAACAAUGGUUUUUCCCCCAGCCAGUUCACUUGAGGAAUCAGUUUACAGAACCUGUCUUUUACAAAAUAAUGGUUACAAUCCUAUUCAUUGUGCAUUUACUCGUGAUGACACGUGUGUUUUUAGUAGUAAACCUGAUACUUGUUUAAUUCGAGAAAAGUUCCAGAUAUUUGUAUAUCGAAUGUCACCAUUAAAUUGCGGAGUUACAAAAUUUCAACCUACGUGCACUCUUAAUUUUUCUGAAAAAUGUGAUUUUGAUCUUACUAUGACAACUGAAACUGUGAAUAUUAUAUUUACUGAAGGAGAUCUUCUUUACUUUAUGCCAACAUGUGUUGGGCACUCAUCAUAUCAGAAUGUGCAGAUUCAAAAUUGUUCUCGAGUCCCAAUAAAGCUUCAGUGGAAAAUUUCUAAAAGUGAUCAACAUAUUUUGUCAGUUAGAGAACAGUAUAAAAUUAUUUUUCCAAAUGAAGUGCAGAAUCAUGUAUGGACCUUUACACCUGUUGUUGUACUUAAACAUUUAUUUAAAGUGAAAUUACUGGCUUCUAUUGAAAAUUUUUACGAAAACACUCUUAAGAAGUAUAGUUUCAAAAUUGUUGGUGAAAGUCAAAAUGCUGAAAUUAUUUGUGAUGAUGAAUAUAUUACUAUGGAAAGUAUAAUAGUUGGAAGUAGAGAAAAGGCACAAAUUGUAUUAAAUAAUACAGGUGGUUGUAGUGUAAAUGUACUUUUAUCAGUUGAGGAAUUUUUCAAAAAUUCUGAUGAAUUAGUAUCAUCAAAAGAUUUAAUAUUUCAUCUUGAACAAGAGGAGUUAUGGCUACACUCGCGAUCAAGUAAAAUGCUAUCUGUUUUAAUCUGCCCAAAAAGAACAGGAUGGUAUGAAGCAAAACUUUACUAUAUGUUAAAAGGAACGAAUAAUUUUGAAAUUACAAAGUUUUUAUGUACUAUAACUGUUCACGCUGUGUUUCCAAAUAUCUUAAUCAAUGAUAUCAGAGGUGACGGUAGUGCUCAAAGCUAUAGUAAAAAGUGUCUGUUAGAACUUUUUAAAAUAGAAAGAUUCAACUGUUUGCUGCAGUCUGAACCUGCACCAGAAGAACUGAGAUACAAUGCGUUUUCACGGUUUAGCACACAAAGAAGAAUACCUAAAACAACACAUGCUGUAAAUUUAUUAGAUUUUGGAUCCAAUGUGCAUGGAAGUGAAGAUUGUAUUAUUAGUAUUAGCCUUGAAAACAAAGGAAACUAUGAAGUUGAAUGGAUAAUAAAAUAUUCCACAGACUUUCAGUUAGAUAUUGAAAUAUGGGCUGAUCCUGGUACAAUUGAAGAUGAUGAACUACAUGAGAUGUUCUUAUUAAAAAACAAAAUAUUUUCCAUUGAGCCUCUGUGUGGCAAAAUUUAUCCAAAGAAAUCUCAAGUAUUAAAAUUCACAUACCGCCAUUCAAUGAUAGGCAUUCAUAAACUUCCUGUGUUGUUUAAGAUUAUUCAAGGUCGCGAGAUUAUGUUAAACUUGAUCGGAAAUACUCUUGAUAAUUCUGUGAAUACAUUGCAUUUAAUAACAUCAAAACAUACUUUUGCUCCUACAUCUAUCAGUUGUGAGAUUCCUUUUGCUCAGAUGUAUACUUUGUAUAACCCUACUGACAACAAAUUAAAGUUUACAUUUGAUUGCUCUAAUCUUAAUAUACUACAAGAGGAAAAUUAUAACUGUAAGAUUUUGGAGUGCUUAACACCAAUGGGGGAGAUAUUUCCCCAUCAAUCGUUUGAUACCUUGUGGAUAUUUUCACCUAUAGAAACUAAAGAAUACAAAGUUGAUGUGCCACUAAAUAUUCAAGGUGGCAACAGUUCAAUUAUAUCAUUUUUUGGUGUGGGGUGUGAUCAUGAUCUUUCUAAAGCAAUUGAAGAUGACAAAUGCAGAUUUUUUUCUAAUCGAGUCAUUACUUUACCAGAUGAGUUGGUGAGAAUAUCGACAGAUAUUCUAGAUUUUGGUAACAUACCUUUAUUUACUGAAUCCAGUCGGCUAGUAUUUUUGACCAGCAUUUCAGAAAACGAUAAUGUCUUUUUUAACUGGAAAGUGAACCAGAAUAUCAUUUCAAUUUUCCCCUCUCAUGGAGUUAUAAAACCAAAAAACCAAGUAUUGUGUAGAGUAACUAUAAAUGCUCAAGGGAUUCCUUGUAUGUACAGUGUUAAUGUCUUGUGUGAGAUAACAAAUAAAACACACAUGGAUAAGUUCAUUAAAGAACACUCACUUUGGUCUGCGCGUUUAGAAGAAAAAAAGCAUCUCUUUACAAUUUAUGAUAUGGAUUCAUCUAAAAAUACUCUGCAUGCAAGUCAUUCCACUAAAAUUUCUAAAACACCUCCAAUGAAUGAUGAUUCUGAACCAUCGCCUCCAAAAUUGUUGUUUGUUCAUCUUUUUGUGUAUGUCAAUACACAUUUUACAAAUAUUUUUCAUGAUGAUACUGAAGACAUUUUUUUUAUUAAUAGAAAGUCAUUAACUAAAAGAUUAUCACACAAGUGUAUAAAAAUAUCAGAAGAAGAAUACUCUAUUAUUAAUACUGUAUUGGCUUUACUCACUCGAGAUUGCUUGCAUGACAAAGAUUUUGAAAGUCAUGUUGUUCGUAUAAAAGAAGAAGCUGUUCCAUAUUUUGGAAUGUUUGCUCAAGUCCCUGAUACUAUUAAGGAGAAUGAUAUAACUCAUGAGAAUACCAUAAGCCAAAGCAAUAGUAAAAGUAACCAAGAGUUAAAAAAAAGUUACCUGCAACAUGUACCUGAUGACAUUUUAAAUGAAGAAAUAAAACAAAUACAUUAUAAUGAAAAUAAAAAUGUGGAAAAAAAAAUCUCAGGUGAAACUUCACUUGAAAGUCGAGAGCAGUUAAAAAGAUGUGACGAGUUGCGCUGCAUAAUAAAAAAAAUGUUGGACAACACUCUCUAUAAUAUAUUAUCAGAAGCUGCCUAUGGCGAAAUAUCUUUAACUGACCGCCCUCAAUUGAUUGCCGUGCCUCUUCCAAAUAAGAAAGAUCCUUGAAAAUAGAAAGUUUUUUACUUGGUGAAAUGUUUUGUUUAAUAGUUGUUUAUAAAGUAUAUAUUUGAAAAUUUAAUAUAAACAUAUAUAAAUAUAUUUUUUGAAAAAGUUCUGGUGUAUAUUUAUAUUUA